CGGAAAAAAUAAACAAACAUUUUACGAAGGCGUCCUCAGAUAAAUUUCUCGUAUUUUAUUUAAAUUGGAGGCCAAAAAAUCAUGGAAAUCGACAUAAAUUCGACAUGCCGCUUGUGCAUGUACGCCUCCGACGAGUUUGUCUGCAUUUUUGACGAGGAAACGUUCGAAAUGCCCGCCGAAAUUGUCGAUUUAUUCGAAACGUUUCAGAUUAUGAUUUAUAAUAAUCCGAAUAAACCGAGUAUCAUGUGUAUGAAAUGUUACGCCCAAUUGACGCUUUUUCGGCAAUUUCGUUCGAAAUGCGAGCAAAGUGAGCAACAAUGGAACGAAUUGGCGGGCGUAGAUGAGCCCGAACAGCCCGAAUCGCAGGAGCAAGACACGGAGCUGGUUGAGCAAAUGAAUGUGGAUUUCAUUGAGGAAGUAGAAAUGGAGGAGAUUGAGGUAGAGGCACAAGGUGAAUAUGGGGAAGAUCGUCAAAUUAAAGUUUUGGCGGUGAAAAGACAUCCGGGAACGUUCAAAUCGCCCAAAAAAGUGAAAAAAGCAAAGACAGAUCCGGAAGAUUUGGAUGCCAUGGAGCGAGCUUUCGUUGAAAAAGAGCGCGGAGAUCGUCCUGUCACCGAUGAAGACCUAAAAUUGCAGGAAUUUUACGGAUUUUAUUGUCCCAUCUGCGAAAAUAAGCAAAGAAUGGAUUCGCUGACGACGUACAAAUAUCAUAUGCGAGUCCGACACGAUCAACGGGAUGCCGCCGUGAGUUGUUGCAACAAAAAGCUCUCAAAACGCUAUCAAUUGGUCGAUCACAUGGCAUACCAUUCGGAGCCGGAUCGCUUGGCAUGCGAAUUUUGCGAAAAAGUGUAUUCCGAUCGAAAAAGCUUGGCGGCGCACAUCAAGCGGAAACACACGAGUUACGAGGAACGCAAAUACCAAUGCGAUUAUUGCUUGAAACGGUUCGUGGGCUACGAGCCAAUGCGUCAACAUGUCCUCACGCACUUGAGCGAAGAGGCGAAAGAGCAGUUGCGCACCCAUUUGUGCAACGAAUGCGGCAUGACGUUCAUGCACAAGCACAUUUUGCAAAAUCACAUCAAAUAUGUGCAUUUAAAAAUUGGUCUCGUGUGCGAUUUGUGCGGCAAACAUUUCAAAUCCAAGUUCGAUUAUCAGCUGCAUCGCCGAAAUGCCCAUGGCGAAGAGGGUCCGGCACGCGAACAAUGUCCCAUCUGCAAAAAUUGGUAUUCCAAUGAGAAGGCGGUGCGCGAACACAUUCGGUAUUUGCACGAGCGCACCGAGAAAAUUCGCUGUACGAUUUGCGGCGAAGAGUUGUCCAGCAAGCAAAGUUUGCGGAGUCACACAAAGUUGAAGCAUCAGGAGAAAAUGCAUCGGUGUUCGUAUUGCGACAAGGCGUUGCCCACGCAAAUUCGUCUGAAGGAGCACGAAGCGAUGCAUACGGGCGUGAGUCUGUACACGUGCAAAUAUUGCACGAAGGAGUUCAAUAUGAAAUCGAACAUGUACAAGCAUUUGAAGGCGAUGCAUCCGAACGAGUGGACACGCGAAAAGGAAUACAAAAGCCAGAAUCCCGAGAAUCAUCGGAAUGCCGUUCAGGACGUUCAGAACGAAGUUGUCGUACAACUUAUUAAAGUAGAGUAAUUUUUAUCUUUUUUUUCUUUCAUUUCUUGCAACAUUCAAUAAAUAAAAUAAUAAUAUCUUUGGUUAUCACAAUAAAUAAA